AUGACCCUUAAGGGUGGCACAACCCAAGCCUGUGCGGCAUGCAGAUACCAAAGAAGAAAGUGCAUUCCUGAAUGUCCCCUUGCACCUUACUUCCCUGCAGACCAACCUAAGGUGUUUCAUAAUGUCCACAAGCUCUUUGGAGUGAGCAACAUCAUAAAGUUAUUAAAGAUCUUGGAGCCUAGUCAAAAGAAAAUAGCUAUGGACUCUAUCAUUAUUCAAGCAAAUUAUAGGGAUAAGUAUCCUGUGCAUGGCUGUUGGGAGGAAAUUUGUAGGCUACAAUACCAAAUAUGGCUUGUGGAAGAGGAGCUUCAUGCAGUUUAUCAACAGCUUGAAAUAUGCAGGCAACAACAUCAGCAUCAAGGUCCCUCCAUGCCUGAUGAUGUGACUUCACAACUAGAAUUAGGCAUGGCACCAAGUACUAAUAAUAACGCACUUCCACUCUUUAAUCAUCAUACUCCACAACCACACACUUACAAUUCUGUGGCUUCUUUGUCCGUGUCACAACAUUCCUACUCCAACAGCAAUAGCGUGGAUUAUAACUCAACUUACUUGGAUUCCAAGGAUAACAACAAAAAUCCUUUUUGGGUUCAGUACCCUUAUGCAAAUAACAGUAGCAAUUCUGGAAUGCAAAAUCAGUCGGUUGCCUCACAGCCACUAGCCAUCCUACAAGGUGUUGAGGAUUAUGAUGAGAUGCACCCAUUUUUUGAUGCAGUUGAUGAUAGACAAUCAUACAUUUAUUCCAAGGAGGCUUAUGAGUCAAGCUCAGAAGAAUCAGUGAAAAAUACGAGAAAAUGCACUGAGCAUGUUUCUGAAAAUGAUAUUGUGAUCUAUGCUGCAGCAUGCUUCAGCCUUACCAGUGUCAACUGA